AUGAUCCGUCCGUGCCGUAGCGCGACGUUCAACCGCUCUUCAGUCAAAAUCACAGAAGUGGUUGCGCCAGCUUGUCGUGGAGACGCGCUGACGUACAGGGUGGGCUAUCCGGAUGCAGGUCGGGGGGCGAUCGCUGCAAUGCAACUCGGAAUGUGGCAGCCGAGUUGGCGGGGCACGGGUCGUGGCGGGGCAAAUUCGGUUUCUCGAAGCCGCGCAGGUGUGGUGUGGCACGCGAGGCUCAAUCGACGAGAUGCGACGGCAAAAAAACACGCGCUGCCACGCCUCGCCGCCGCCCGUCGGCCGCGCCGGGAGCGCGAAUCCAGCGCUGAGCUCACUGGAGCGUCAUCCAUGGGUGGAAAUAGCCCGGCUCAGCUGGAGGGGCACCCGAGGGGCACGCACGGCACAACAGCGAGACGCAAGGCCCUGCGGCUCACGGCGACUGGGAGGGAGACUGGGGCUCAGCUGACGUACCUGGACCGGGCAAGCAAAGCAACCUGUGCGUGCAGUGCUUGUUGGAUCUUGAAGCUGCGCAACAACAGGCGAGAUGAGGGCAGGGGAGUGCAGCAGCAACAGCUGGCUUGGCGUAGCAGAUGCAAUGUAAUGAUGCGAACAAACACCAAUUGA